GGCCAGUAGCACUGUCAGGCACAUUACAGAAGCUGCCUGCACCCAUGGGGCCUCCUCAGCUUGUCCGUGCCCCUCGGCCCCGGGGCUUCAACUUCCGCUACCACAGGCCAGGUGUGGGCUGGCCUCGGCCCCGGUUUCCCAGGAUGUUCAAGUGUAGCCGCAGAAGGUACCGGCAGAAACGCCAAGGCCCAGCUGCCACCACUGCAGCCACCAAUGUUGCCACCAUGGCCACGGAUACCAACAACACCCUCACUGCCACCACCAGGGUGUGGAUCCUUCCACGGCAAGUUCUCAGACAACUUUGUCAACCUGGCAGCCUUCUGAUCCUCUAGACAUGCUCAGAAACUAGCCCAGAAGCUUGGCUGGCUCUGGACCUGCGUCUCCUAAGGGCCACGGGUGGUGAACAGCAGACAAAUACAAUCCUUCCUGCUCCAA